ACGGGUUGCGUCUAGUAGGGAAGCUUCUACCCGGUUGUUGACGUGCAUCUGGUCUUUGUUUGCAUCGUAAUCUAAACGUAAAUAGAGCUGAUUUGUUUAUUUACAGAUGGACGGUGUGCCAUGCCUUCGUGUGCCUCAGUGUCAGGCUCAGAAGCUCAGGAGGUCACUACAGUCCAAAGGGGCUCUGGACCUGAGUUUGAGUUUAGUGAAAGACUCAGAUGGGACAGUCCUCCUCCCCAUUUUAGCAUCCUGUUUGUCCCAGCUCGAUCUUCAGUCUUUCAGGACCACUGUGGCUUCAGAUGAUGAUUUUGAAGUAGUUUGGAGUAAGUCUGCUCUGCAGUCAAAAAAAGGGAAAGGAAGGGCGAGUGGUAGUAAACUGGAGAAAGUCCUCCAGGACCUGUUGGAGUCUCAUGGUGAAAGAUGGACAGAAGAGCUGAAGAGAGACAUCCCUCGCAGUUUCCAGCGACAUGGAGACCUAGUCCUGCUGGGAGACACUUGUUUUCUUCUGCCGUUAUGGGAAAACAUCGAUCAACAGCUUUGGAGCACAGUGGCCAGAAGACUGGGAGCAAAGCGCCUAGCAAAGAUCAGGAGAAUUUCAAGAGAUGGAUUUAGAUCUCCUGAGGUGACGAUGCUGCUCGGAGAGCACAGCUGGGUCAAACAUGUAGACAAUGGCAUUAGUUAUGAGUUUGAUGUUACCAAGUGCAUGUUCUCGGCUGGAAACAUAACAGAGAAGCUCCGGGUGGCUGGAUUUGACUGCAGAGGGGAGACUGUAGUGGAUUUAUAUGCAGGUAUUGGAUACUUCACUCUCCCAUAUCUGGUGCAUGCAAAGGCCAGUCGCGUUCAUGCUUGUGAGUGGAACCCCAACGCAGUCGAAGCUCUAAAGAAAAACCUCGAGGCAAACGGAGUGUCUGACCGCUGCACGAUUCACCAAGGAGAUAAUCGCCAACUCCAGCUGUGUGGCGUCGCUGACCGAGUGAACCUGGGUCUCAUACCGAGCUCUGAGGACGGCUGGUCUGUCGCCUGUCGACUGCUCAGGAGAGCAACAGGAGGCGUUUUACAUAUACACCAGAACGUUACCUCGCCAGUACAGCACAGUACAGCCGGCGAUGCCCCCCAGAAGGUUUCUGGGAAGAAAGCAGACAGAGAGGUGUGGCGGGCCUGGGCCGAAGACACGGCAAAGCACUUCGCUUCUCUUUUAAAGGACUUCACUGGUACACGGUGGACAACAAACAUCCAGCACAUCGAGCACGUUAAGUCAUAUGCACCUCAUGUUCACCAUGUCGUGCUGGACUUGGAGUGCAGGCCUUCCUGAGAAAGCAAUCAUCACAAACACUAAACAGACACUGUGGUGUUAAACAAACAGACGUUUCUAACCAAACCCUACACAAGCUGGUUUAAUCAUUUGUCAGGCUGUGACAAACCAACCGCAACCAUUAUUUAUCCAGAGGCCUGCACUACAAAGCAGGAUUAGUGGCUUAGCAACGUAACUUUGGGGUUAACCCUGGGUCUCCAGUCUUGCAAAGGUGGUUCAGUUCUUACUCUGGGUGCGUUGCCAGGGUAACUUAUGCUGCUGACCUUACCUUGUGGAAAAGCUCAUGGACUCAUGGACGUGCGCAGGUAGAAGGAAGGUCUAGUUUUUGUCUUUCCUCAGUGAGCACGAUUAAGAAAUGUAGAUGCUCAUGAGAAACUGUAGUCAUAUGUUUUUGUUUCUGUUAGCUGAAAGCAGUUCUAAAGCAUUUUUUCUAAUCCUUAAUAUUGUAAUAUCAUCCUAGAACAGAGCAACAAAGCUUUGUACUUGAUAAGCUCACAUAAGUUACAGGUUUAAAUUGAAUAUGUUUGUGUAAGUUCUCAGUCAUCCAGGACAUGGUAGUCUUGAGUGCUUAGAAAGGAAACGACUGGGCGUCUUUAGGUUCAUCAAUACCGUUUGUCUCUCAUCCAGGAAGCACCUUUAGUUCUAAAACAACUGCUAUAGAAUCCCAGAUAUUUAACCCCUAGUUAGGAUUAUCCCCUUGGAGGUGGUCCUGAGAAUCCUUGACCCAAUCAUGUGAAAAAAGGCCUGACUCACUGGGGCCAAAGUGUGAAAGACGCUGUCCCACUUAACUGUCAUGUGAGCUAAUGAGGCCACCUCAGACAAUUUGUGAGUGGGGGUUGAAGCAUCUGGGAACGGAUCUGAAGAUGCAUUUUAGGUGGUUCUAGGUUUGU